CACACACACUUCAAUGUAUCCUACAGCUUGCCUCUCUCCCUUUCAGACACACUCUUUCUCCACCACCAUGCAAGCCCUUCAAUCCCCAGCUCUCCGAGUCUCGCCACUCGACCCACUUCGCAAACAGUCCCCAAAUCUCACUACCACCAGCACCAAUAGAGUCUCAUUCAUCUCAGCUUCAAUCCAACCCAUGACAACCGCACCUCCCAAACGAGAGAAGGACCCCAAGAAAAGGGUGGUCAUCACAGGAAUGGGCUUGGUUUCUGUCUUUGGCAACGACGUUAAUGCGUACUACGACAAACUACUCAGUGGCGAAAGCGGUAUUACAUCCAUUGAUCGAUUCGAUGCGUCCAAAUUUCCCACCAGAUUUGGUGGGCAGAUUCGUGGGUUCAGCUCAGAUGGUUACAUUGACGGGAAAAAUGAUAGGAGGCUUGAUGAUUGUUUGAGGUAUUGCAUUGUUGCUGGCAAGAAAGCGCUUGAAGAUGCCGAUCUAGGUGGCGAUAAACGUUCCAAGAGACUUGGUGGAAUGUCUUUCAACUAUGGCCGACAAUCUGUAACAUGUUCAGUCAGUGGAAAAGACAAGUUUCAGAAGCAGCUUGAGGAAGAAUUAGCCGACACCUUCACCAACUUUUCUAUUGAUAAGGAGCGGGCUGGUGUGCUUGUUGGGACAGGAAUGGGUGGUCUUACAGUUUUCUCUGAUGGUGUUCAGGCUCUCAUAGAGAGAGGUUACAGAAAAAUCACACCAUUUUUUAUACCUUAUGCUAUCACAAACAUGGGUUCUGCCUUGCUUGCAAUUGAUCUUGGUUUUAUGGGACCAAACUAUUCCAUUUCAACUGCUUGUGCUACCUCCAACUACUGCUUCUAUGCUGCUGCCAAUCACAUCCGUCGAGGUGAGGCUGAUAUGAUGGUUGCUGGUGGAACUGAAGCAGCCAUUAUUCCUAUUGGAUUGGGAGGCUUUGUUGCAUGCAGAGCUUUGUCUCAGAGAAAUGAUGAUCCACAAACUGCUUCUAGGCCAUGGGACAAAGAUCGAGAUGGUUUUGUGAUGGGGGAAGGAGCAGGAGUUUUGGUGAUGGAAAGCUUGGAACAUGCAAUGAAAAGAAAUGCACCAAUAAUUGCCGAGUACCUGGGAGGUGCAGUAAAUUGUGACGCUCAUCAUAUGACUGAUCCAAGAUCUGACGGUCUUGGUGUUUCUUCCUGCAUUCAGAGUGCUCUUGAAGAUGCGGGUGUGUCACCUGAAGAGGUUAACUAUAUAAAUGCCCAUGCCACUUCCACUGUAGUUGGCGAUCUGGCUGAGGUGAAUGCUAUUAAAAAGGUAUUUAAGAGCACAUCAGAGAUCAAAAUGAAUGCAACUAAGUCUAUGAUAGGGCAUUGCCUUGGUGCUGCUGGGGGUCUGGAAGCUAUUGCGACAGUGAAAGCCAUUACAACAGGGUGGCUUCAUCCUACUAUAAAUCAAUUCAAUCCAGAGCCUGCGGUUGAGUUUGACACUGUUGCAAACAACAAGCAGCACCAUGACGUGAAUGUUGCCAUCUCAAACUCAUUUGGAUUUGGUGGGCACAACUCUGUUGUGGCUUUUUCCGCAUUCAAGGCCUGAUUGAAUUGUCUGCAUUUCUUGUAGCUGAGGACCAUCUUUACUUAUUCGAGGCUUGGUUUAAUUUCUCAUAGAGGCUGCUUCAUCUUCUUUCUGCGAGUUUCUGCUUAGCACUUUGUGCAUUUAGAGCUGUUAAUUUAAUAAUUUUGGGUUUAAAUUUAGAUUAAGGAUUCGUUAUUUUUGUUUUACGUCGUGCUCUAUUGGAACCUCCAGCAAAUGGUAGACAUGAAAUUUAUCCAGUUUUGAAUUAUUUAGUUGAUAGAGGGUCCUUGGGGGGUUCAAGAACCUUCAAUGGCGUUUGUUGUUGCUACUUGGGCAUUUUUUUUUCCAUGGGAGUUUAUUUUACAAUGAAAUUUUCAAGUCAAGUUGAUUUAAUCUAUAGCUAAUUAUACUAACAUGACAUCUUAAUGCUAAAGCCUUUUUGGAUGCUGUCCCUAUUCAUUGUACAUUGGAUCAUAACGUCUUAAUUGCUAGAGCCUUUAU